UGAAGGCCUUAGCCGUGACCACUUAUCGCUGGACCACCACCUCCAACCUCCCUCCCUCCCUACCGUCAGGAUUCAGAAAGCAAUUACCAAGAACAUCAAAGCCCAUCUGUCCAAACCAAUAUCUAACUCUACCUCCGCAGCUGAUCCUGAUCCAAAUGGAUUAACACCAGCAACCACCCCUGUUCCCUUCCUGCUCCAUUGAUUCGAUGGCGACCACCGGCUUACGUUUCCACCCGGCUGCCUUCUUCUCGGCUCGUCCGCGCAACGCAAGGAUCGGAUCAUACCACAAUUGCAAGCCUCACAGGAUCCUUGUCGCAAGAAGAACGUGUCUUCUCAGGGCGAAGUCCUCCAAUGGGCAUCCACAGAUCAAUGCCUCAUUCGGCAAUGAAUUGGUUCCUGCAGAGGUGCUAGGUGGGAAGGCAUCUGGAGACGGAGUGCCGGGGCAGGGAGGGAGCACUGUCAGCAUCACCGUCGUCGGCGCCUCUGGCGACCUCGCCAAGAAAAAGAUCUUCCCGGCGCUUUUCGCAUUGUUCUACGAGGAUUGUCUCCCGGAGCAUUUUACAGUGUUCGGUUAUGCACGUAGCAAGAUGAGCGAUGAAGAGCUCAGGAACAUGAUUAGUAUGACUUUAACAUGCCGGAUCGACAAAAGGGAAAACUGCGGUGAUAAGAUGGAACAGUUUCUUCAGAGGUGCUUUUACCAAUCUGGGCUGUACAACUCAGAGGAGGGGUUUGCUGAAUUAGACAGAAAGCUUAAAGAAAAAGAGGCAGGCAAGCUCCCAAACAGGCUAUUUUACUUGUCCAUUCCUCCGAACAUAUUCGUCGAUGUGGUAAGAUCUGCUAGCCGCACUGCGUCUUCUUCAAGCGGUUGGACAAGAUUUAUAGUGGAGAAGCCAUUCGGUCGCGACUCGGAGUCCUCAGGGGAGCUCACUCGAUCCUUAAAGAAGUACUUAGCCGAGGAGCAAAUAUUCAGGAUUGACCAUUAUCUGGGCAAGGAGCUGGUUGAGAAUCUUUCAGUCCUCCGUUUCUCCAACCUCGUCUUUGAACCACUGUGGUCGAGGAACUACAUUCGGAAUGUGCAGCUCAUAUUUUCUGAAGAUUUUGGCACCGAGGGUCGAGGCGGCUACUUUGACAACUACGGGAUCAUCCGGGACAUAAUGCAGAACCACCUGCUGCAAAUCCUGGCCCUAUUUGCUAUGGAAACUCCGGUCAGCCUUGACGCCGAGGACAUUCGCAACGAGAAAGUGAAAGUGCUGAGAUCGAUGAGGCAGCUGAAGCUGGAGGACGUGGUGGUGGGGCAGUACAAGGGCCACACGAGAGGCGGGAGGUCGUACCCCGGCUACGCCGACGACCCGACCGUGCCCAAGGGGAGCAUCACGCCGACCUUUGCCGCCGCGGCGCUCUUCAUUGACAACGCACGGUGGGACGGCGUGCCGUUCCUCAUGAAAGCCGGCAAAGCGUUGCACACUCGACGUGCGGAGAUCCGGGUGCAGUUCCGGCGCGUGCCGGGCAACCUGUACCGCCGGAACAUCGGCACGGACCUGGACAAGGCGACGAACGAGCUGGUGCUCCGGGUGCAGCCCGACGAGGCGAUCUACCUCAAGAUCAACAACAAGGUGCCCGGGCUGGGCGUGCGGCUCGACAGCAGCAACCUCAACCUGCUCUACUCCGAGCGGUACCGCCGCGAGAUCCCGGACGCGUACGAGCGACUGCUGCUGGACGCCAUCGAGGGCGAGCGCCGGCUUUUCAUCCGGAGCGACGAGCUCGACGCGGCGUGGGGCAUCUUCACGCCCGUGCUCAGGGAGCUGGAGCAUAAAAGGGUGGCGCCGGAGCUCUACCCGUACGGCAGCCGGGGCCCCGUCGGCGCGCACUACCUCGCCGCCAACUACAACGUCAGGUGGGGCGACAUCAGCAGCGACGAAAGCUCCCACUAGCUAGCGAAGAAACAUGGGAGAUCCUCGAUUGGCGAUGCUGUGCAAUUGUAUUGGCAUUCUUUUGACAGAGAUUGACAAAAUAAAGAAGCUCCUUGAUCACAAGAAAAAAGAAGAAUAAAGAAACUAUUUUAGGAUUGUCUUUCUUAUACA